AUGUCUUACACAGGAGUUUUGGGAGGUGAUAGUAAAUACUUUAAGGAAUCGAAUACAGCCAAGUUCGAUGAGAUUACCAAACAAUUGGAUUCUAAUAAUUUCAGAGACAAGUUGGUUGGUAUGAAGAAGGUUAUUGCUAUGGCUUCAUCAGGCAAGGAAGUCGAACCUCUCUUCCCAUACGUUGUCAAGAAUUGUAUUACAAAGAAUGUUGAAUUGAAAAAGUUAGUGUACAUGUAUCUUGUUCACUUUGCUGAACAAAAACAAGAAGAAGCAUUGCUUUCAAUUAACAACUUCCAAAAGGAUCUUGAUGAUAAGAAUCAAUUCUUGAGAGCUUUGGCUUUGAGAGUCAUGUCCAGUUUGAACGUACAAGAUAUUACCACAGUUAUUCUUGUCGGAAUCAAAAAGUGUCUCCAUGAUAUGAGUCCAUAUGUUAGAAAGGCUGCUGCUCUUGGUAUUAUUAAAGUAUUUAGACAAUCUCCUGAAGAAUUGGCUGUUGAAUGUGCCGAACUAAUUGGAGAAUUGUUAAAGGAUAAUAACACAAUGGUUUUGGGAGCUGCUGUUCACGCUUUCAAUGAAGUUUGUCCAACAAAUUAUGAAUUGAUUCACCCUGUAUUUAGAAAGUUAUGUAGAUAUUUGGUUGAUUGUGAUGAAUGGGGACAAUGUUCUAUUAUGCAAAUGUUGUUGAGAUAUGGUCGUACUCAUUUCCAAUCACCAUUCAAGGGAGAAACUUAUAAGAAACGUGCUUUCUAUGAUGACGAAGAUGAUGAAGAAGGAGAUCAUGAUGGAAACAAGGAAAUUUUCGAUGAUGGAUAUGAACCAGGAGCAGAAAUGGAACUUGAUCAAGAUCACAGAUUAUUACUCAGAUCUACUGCACCACUUUUAAGAACUAGAAACUCUGCAGUUGUUUUAAUGGUUGUUAAUUUACAUUUCUACUUGUCACCAAGACAAGAAUUUUCAUUGAAAUGUGUUACUCCACUUUUGAGAAUUUUGAGAUCAUAUCGUGAAAAUGCUUACAUUGUUUUAAUGUCAGUUUCAACAAUUGCUAGAGAAAGACCAGAAGUUUUUGGUAACCAUUUGAAGGAUUUCUUUAUUUAUGCUAGUGAUCCAGCCUAUGUAAGAAAUUUGAAAUUGGAAAUUUUGUCACUUCUUGCCACAGACGAAACUGUUCAUAGUAUUUUGAAGGAAUUUAGAACAUAUGUUAAAUUCCCAGAACAAGAUUUUGUUAAUAAUACUAUCAAAGCUAUGGGCAGAGUUGCUUCAAAGAUUCCAGAAGUUGUUGAAUCUUGUAUUGGAACUCUCAUGAAUUUGAUUACCAAAGGUUCUGAACACAUUGUUGCUGAAUCUAUUAUUGCUAUUCACCAAUUGCUUCAACAAAACCCAGAAGAUAACAAGAAGAUUAUUCUUCAAAUGGCUAUUCUUUUGGAUGAUAUUAAGGUUCCAAUUGCUAGAGCAAGUAUUGCUUAUAUGAUUGGUGAAUAUAUUGAAUAUCUUCCAUCAGGAGGUGUUGGUAUUGGUGUUGCUGCUGAUGCUCUUCGUAUUUUAGCUAAAGACUUUGUUAAAGAAGAUGACUUGGUUAAAUUGCAAGCAUUGAAUUUGAGUACAAAACUUUAUUUGAGUUUAGAAAGUACUGGAGAUAAGAAAUCAGAACAAAUUAACAUGUUAAUUCAAUACGUAUUGAAUUUGGCUCGUUACGAUCAAAGUUACGAUGUUCGUGAUCGUGCCAGAUUUAUGAGAAAUAUCUUGUUUAAUCCAAAGGGAACAACAAGUACACUUCAUGAAAAGUCGGACGAAAUCUUUGGGUCAUCAGGAAAGAAGAAUUCUGUUUCUCUUAACAGUAAAUUCGUUGAAGAUCGUGCUAGAUUCUUAUUGGGUUCAUUAUCACACAUACUCAACCACUCAACAUCAGGAUACACUCCUCUGCCCGAUUUCCCAGUUGAAACACUCAACUAUGAGGAAAGAAAUGUCGUGGCUGCUACUGAUGGUCAAGCUGAUGUUGGUGCUAUUGGAGAAACAUCUUCUGAACUUUUCACUGGAGAUAUUGAUGAUUUCUAUGGAGAAGAAGAAGAGGAAGAAAGUGAAGAAUACGAGUCCGAAGAAGAGGAAGAAGAAGGUGACGAUGAUAAUAUCGACAACUUCUAUGACAGUGAAGAGGAAGAAGAGGAAGAGGAGGAAGAAGAAGAAGAGGAAGAGGGUGAAGAACUUGAAGGUGAAGAGGAAGAGGAAGAGGAAGAAGAGGAGGAAGAAGAAGAAGAAGAGGAGGAAGAGGAAGAAGAGGAAGAAGAAUUCUUACCACCACCAAAGAAGGCCUCUACUUCUAAUUUGCUCAAAUUCUAAACUUGUAACUAUUUUGUAAAUUCUCUGUGAUAUUAAAUUGUACCAAACAAUAAUUAUUAUUAUUUAAC